AUGGCCGCAUCAAGAAAGCGCCGCUCUCCACCAACUUCAUCUCAGCCAAACUAUACCAAAAGAACAAAAAGAAUCACUCAGUUUCAUCAUUAUGAGCCUCUCGACCACCUCCAACAGCAAAUCAGACUCCUGGAACUCCUGCCAGGAAAGCCCGGCAGCCGCAUCUCCAUCAAACUGCACACCGUCUCCCUCAACGACAACCCCGAAUAUGAAGCCCUGAGCUACUGCUGGGGCCCUCCCAAGCCCUCAUACGACAUCUUCAUCCACGUCAACAACAACAAAGACAGCAAUACAGACCAACUCGCCUCAUUCCCCGUCGGCCGCAACCUCCGCAAAGCCCUCGACGACCUCCGCCUCCAAUCCCGGCCCCGCCUCGUCUGGAACGACGCCAUCUGCAUCAACCAAAAGGACAACGUCGAAAAGGGCCACCAGAUCCAGCUCAUGCACCAAAUCUACUCCCGCGCCGCCGUCGUCUGCGCCUGGCUCGACCACAACGUCCGUCCCAAGACCUCCGUCUUUGACGACCUGGAGAGUCUCGGCAGGGGCGUCGAGCUGGACGACUUUGCCGAUCCGGAGUACUGGUACCCCGUGGCGGACAUCUUCCGGAACGAGUACUGGCGAAGGCUGUGGGUUCAGCAGGAGCUCAUUCUGGCGGCCAAAGUGGAUGUGUAUUGUCGGAGCGACGUCUUCUCGGGCGAGCAGCUGCUGGAGUUUCAGCAAAAGGUCAAUGUGGUCAAGUCGCAGCGCACGAGGCUGGGCGGGCCCGAGUUUGUGCUUUCGCGGUAUAUCGAUGGGAAUACCAGCGCUGAUCCUACGCCCGAGAUCUUUGGUAGUGGCGUCAUCCAGGCGAGAAUCAACAUGCGUGAAGGACGGGAAGCCCAAGAAGCCUACUCAUUAUCGCUGUCAUCAUCAUCAGCAUCUUCUACUUCACCACCAUCUCCCUCUCAAGGCUUCAAAAUCACCAGAGGCCUACUCGCCUCCUCCCUCCUCAACCUCUUCCUCCAAUCCUCCAGCGUCAGAAUGACCGAUCCCCGCGACCGCCUCUACGGCAUCCUCGGCCUCGCCACAGACAUUGCCCACGACUCCAAUCUCGAAAUCACCUACGAAGCCUCCCCCAUCUGGGUCUACGCCCAAAUCUUCCGCCACUUCAUCCACCGCUACAAGAGCCUCAGCUUCCUCUGCUUCAACAAGAGCAAUCCCAGAGGCAGUUACACUCCCCGCAAAGGAUUUCCCAGCUGGAUGCCCCACGCCGACGUCUGCUGGAGCUACGUCAACGCCAGCAGAGCAUGCGGCGAAGUGCUCGCAACGCCUCACGUUGCCUCUAUCGACCUAGAAACACAAUGUCUUCACGCACAGGGCAUCAAGGUCGACGCCAUAAAGCACAUUUGCUUAAUCAACGGUGACGGCCGUGGCUGGACGCCCAUCCCCGAAUGGCUCGACCAGAUAGAAUCCUUCUGCCGCAAAACAUGGCCUGACGCAGAUGAUUCAACCCCCCUGUACGAAAGAGACAACGUCACCUCCUUAAUGUUCCCCUGCCUCAGCCCCAAACGCUACAAAAACAUGUGGAAGCUCGACAAACCCGACCCCCAACGCCGCAUCCACCUCAUCCGCAGCCUCCUCGCCGCCGCCCAAAAAGCCGAUCAAAAGGAUCUGUCGACAGGGGACAUAAUCCGCGGCGGAUACACGCCCACGGACAUCAUCCCGGCAGACGUGCGCGAAGAGUGCCACCCACUGCACGUAGAGAGCAAUGCCGUGGUGCUAUUUGGCACCGAGGGCUCGCGCGUGGGCAGCAUGGCGCGGACGAGCGAUAUCCAGGCCGGGGAUGAGAUUUGGAUCCUAUUUGGGUGUCGGAUGCCGAUUAUGAUGAGGCCGAAGAGGGAAGAGGGCAAGGGGUUGAGAUAUCAGGUUAUUGGGCCGGCGAUUAUUCCGGGACUUAUGAAGGGGGAGGCGAUUAAGGAUGCUGAACAUCAUGGGAGUACGGUUAUACUUGAAUAG